CUGGCGCUACGCCUUCUGGGAUGUGUAGUGCCAGCCUUCUGGAGCGCACGCCGCUCUUAACCCGCACUUUUCUCCGCGUUGGAGCACAGCACUGUCCAGUGUCUCUCACGGAAAGGCUGCAGACCCGGGACGGAAGGGUGAGCGAGAGAACCGAGCCUGUUGUGUUCCUGGAGCCGUUGUAACCAUCCUUCUCCGAGAUCCUCCAGGGAGUUGUCAGGCGCGGAGGGAAGAACUUGACGGCGAGUCGGCGGCGGCGGCGGCGGCGUUCCUCUUCCCACCCAGCCCCUGUGCGGGCCGGGAUUCGGGGCUCGGCUGAGAAAGCCGGGCCUUCUUGCAGGCGUUGAGUUCUCUGAAGCGCAGAGACGGAGCCCGCCGGAAGCCGAGCACAAUCGCGGAGGCUCGGCUUGAGAGCUCGUGCGCGCCCGCGGACCGCGCCGCUGGCUGUCCUUCCUGUGUUCCCGACCGAGGUCAUUCGGCCGGGCGCCACCCCUUCUGUCCUGACGUCAGUGCGGGUGGAGAGACCCACGCGUGGUGCGCGGUUGUUGGAAACUGCAUUUGGAAUGUAAACAAAAGACAUGAAGGAAAACCAGUUAUUUUACAAAGAUAUAUAAAAUAAACCAGCAUAUUGCACCUGACUCCUAGAUGCACGUGGCUUUCUUUACCUAGGAAUAAUUGGGAUAUAAAGGAAAAUGUAUUUUUUUCCUAGACUCUGGUUAUCAAUGUUUCAUGUAAGAGCUCUUUGUCCAUUCUCCUGGAAAGUGUUUCAGUUUCGACCCUUGAGUUGUGACUCAUUAAUUACUCAGAUAAAUAACUGCACAAAUGAAGAGAAAGUAUUUGACCUUAUUGAAAGAAACAAAGCCACACUUUCAGAAAAGCAAGUGAGAUGUGCAUUUAAUACACUUUGGCAGCUCCAAAAGCAGAAGACCAGCUUGUUAAAAAAUCUUGAGACUGUUAGAGACCAUCCUCAAUUUCUUACUCUUCAUAAUUUAACUAGAAAUCAAAUCACGUCAAUGAAUGAUGAUACCCUGGUGAAUGUGUUAUACAUCACACAACAGCUCACUGUUGAGGCCCAUGACCCGCUAGUUGAAGCACUAGUUACGGAAGCAUGGAAGAGACUGGAAAGGUUUGAUAUUGAUGUGCUGUCAACAUUUUCCACUUGCCUAGCAAAUCAACAUUUGUACUGUAGUCCAUUGAUGGGGAAAAUAGCUGAUAUUGUAAAUAGGAACUUGGAAACCAUACAGGACUUAAGGUCUUUGUCUGUCUUGAUGGUCAACAUAUCUUCUUUAAUAUCACGAUGUUUUCAAGAACAAUUAGUGAACAAGACAGAACUGCUUUUUGACACCACAGAUUCUUCCAAGGUCAAUAUUGCAAGAAGUAUAGUACAGUUUCUUCGAAAUAUUAAAUAUAGUUACUACCCACUGUUAGACAGAUGUAAUGAGGUGUUUUUAAGCAGUGGGAGCCAGCUUGAUGUGGAUGCCAUCAGCAAAAUACUUAAUCUAUACAAAUUUCUACAGUUUCAUAGUUUUGAAUUUAUUACAAUGGCUAAACAGAGGCUAACUGAGAUGAUUCCUCUAUCUGAGCACCCUGCGCACUUGGUAAAAUUGUUUGUUGCUUUGGGACCAGUGGCAGGACCUGAAGAAAAGGAACGACUUAACUCAAGUCUGUUAUUGAUGUCAGAGGAGCUGAGCCGUCAACAAGCCCUGGCAGUGCUGGAAGCAAUGGAAGCAAUGGAAAGCAGAAACUCACACCUGAUUAAAAAAAUUGCUUCAGCUGUGCAAAAACAUUUGGAUUACUAUAAACCAAUAGAGCUGCUGAAGAUAACUCAAGCAUUGAUUUUUCUGCAGUUUCACAGUAAAGAGCUUUUUGUGAAACUCAGAGAGUUACUGUUUAGUUAUUUGAAAGUUAGUGUCAUACCGCACGAAAUUUCCAUCCUGGUGUGUGCUAUUUUCAUGCUUCCUUCUCCUCACCUUGAUGAAAUGGGGGUUUCCCGAAUUGAAGCAGUUUUACCACAGUGUUGCCUCAAUGAACUGAAUGAUUGUGCUACAUCUGUUUUAAGAUGGAUUCAGUAUGAUCACAGGUGUUUGGGUAGUAUUACCGGGAAACAACUGAAACUACUUCAAAACUUAGAUCACUUCGGCCUUCAGAGAUUACAACAAAGCAACAAUUUGAGUCUGUUAUGGGAGGAACUUAGAUCUUUAAAAGGAGACUGGUUUCAUGAAUCUCUUCUUGAAGAAACAGUUGCUACUUUACAGCGUUUGAUGGAUGAAAUUAAUUAUAUCAAUGUUGCAGGGAUUGCAUCUUUUAUUUCUAGAACAAAUUACCUCAGUCCUCUGCUACUUGAUCGGAUAGCCUCAGUGGUGGUUCAGCACAUUGAAAAGAUCCAUCCUUUUUCAAUCCUUGCUAUUAUUCUUCCAUUCAGCAUCUUGAACUAUGACCCACCUCAACGGGAUAAAUUUUUUGGAAUGUGCAUGCAAAGCCUUAGUUCUUACUUAGGUACAUUGGAUCCCCUUGUGUUAGUAUUUCUUGGUUUCUCUUUGGCCACUCUUGAAUAUUUUCCAGAAGAUCUGCUAAAGACAAUUUUUAACAUCAGAUUCUUAGCCAGAUUAGAUUCUCAACUUAAAAUUUUACCUUCAUCUCUACGCUCAAGGGUCCAGUUUCGUCUUAUGGAGUUAAAUAGAGCAGUCUACCUGGAAUGUCCUGAAUUUCAAAUUCCAUGGUUUCAUGACCGCUUCUGUCAACAACUGUAUAAUAAAGAUGGCAGCAGUAUGAAUGGAGCACAACAAGAAAUUUAUAAAAUGCUAGCGGACAUACUUGGGGGAAUCAAUUGUGUAAAAGCUUCAGUUUUCUCACCUUAUUUCCACACACUAGAUUUUGAGUGUAUCUUGGAUAAAAGAAAAAGACCUCUUCCUUAUGGAAACCAAAAUACAAGUUUGAGGAAACUACCAGGAAUGUACUGGGAAUUGAAUACUCAAAUAGUUGGAUCAGGACUUCCAGCAGGAGCUGAAAGGAUUGCACUCGAAUUUUUGGAUUCAAGAGCUUUUUGUAGAAAUAUUCCUCACUUAAAAGGAAAAUCUGCUAUGAAAAAACGACAUCUGGAAAUUUUGGGCUAUCAUGUAAUUCAGAUUCCUCAUUUUGAAUGGAACUCUAUGGCACUGUCAACAAAGGAUGCUCGAAUGAACUACUUGAGAGAACAUAUAUUUGGAGAAGGCAAAUCAUGACUGUAGUUUUUAUUUAAAAUGAAUUAUUCUGAGGCUGUUUGAAUGACUCAAGUGGAAGAGCUCCUGCCUAGCAAGCAUGAGGCCCUGAGUUCAAA